UACAAGCUUGAACUGCAUCUUUAUCAAGAUUGAAUCAGCCGGGUUCAAAGAGUACAAAAAUUGAAAACAUUUCAAACAACCAAAACAUAGAACCCAAAUUUUGAUAUCAAGUCUUACGUCUCUCCGGUUCGGCCGGUGAUUGCGAGAACCGACUUAUCCCAUUUUAUAUGCACUUUAUUGGGCUUUUCAUGAGCCCCAGAAUUUCAGUUAACUAUGUUUUAUUUUUAACUAAUUGGUUUAACCAGGUUGAAAAAUCUAAUCAAACUUCACACAAACAUAGACAGACAAUUUUUUUUAAACUAAUGUUUAUGGACGACUGGUUCGGCUGUCCUAAAAUAGUAACAAAUAUGUUUUCCUCCUAUUUUGUAGGUUAUAAUUAAAAGUAUUUGUUUUUUGGAUUUUGUGAUUUACUACAAAUAUCAUCAAACUCGAUCUUGUAAUAUUCCGCAUUUUUGGGUUAAUAACCUCCGUGAAUAUAAAGGGUUCUAUUACCUUCUAUUCUAAUAAUUCACACACACACACACAAACAAAAGACUAGACUUUUGGAUAAUUGAGAACUUAAUGACCAAAAAUAAUAAAAUUCUCGGACAGGAUCAGCUGUUGUACUUAAUCAAAGUAUCCUUAAUUAUCUCCAACUUACAUUUGACUGUAAAACCCACCACACAUUCACUCACUCACUUACACACCUAUACUUUAUAAUCUUCCUCCUUUCCAUAUAUGCAUUCCUCAUAUCAAACUUAACACCUCCAUAGAGACCUUUUUUAUAACUCUCUUCAUGGCUGAUAAUGUCCAAGUAGUACCCAUUGAGGAACCAGCCUCGACCGCAACCGCCACAGCCACCUCAACAACCAAUGAGCCAGAAACCAAAAGCUCCGAUCAAAUGGAGUCACAAAGCGACAAGCCACCCGUUGGAAUGUUGGUCACAAUCGUAAACCUUUGCGCCAUCGGUGUUCUUCCCAUCUUCACCUUCUUUCUUUCUCUAACACUCCUUGGCUACGCUGUGUGGCUCCUCUACAUGCGCAGCUACGAAUGCGAAGACAUCCUCGGUCUCCCACGUGUCCAGACGCUCGCUAGCGUCGGCCUCCUUGCCGUGUUCGUCAUCAGCAACGCGGCUCUCUUUCUCCGAAGGAAGUUUCCUAUGCCCGCACUCGUGGUGAUGGUGGUGAUUCUUUUGCUGAUGAUGUUCAUGGGUUUGGCGUACGCAGGAGUCAAUGAGAUGCAGAGCAGGCGGUUUCCGGCUACUGCGAGGUGGUUUAAGCUCAAAGUGAUGGACGAUGUGAACUGGAACAAUAUCAAAUCGUGUGUCUACGAUAAAGGAGCUUGCAACGAGCUUUUUUACCAAUAUCCUAAAGAGAAACCUUACAAUAGAAGAAAAAUGCCACCAAUAAAGAAUGGAUGUUGUAUGCCGCCGGAGACAUGUAACAUGGAUGCUUUAAAUGCGACGUUUUGGUAUAGAAGAAAAGACGAGGGCCCACCAUUGGAGACGGAGGUGCUGUAUGGUGGGAUGGGCGGAAUACUAAGCGACUGUGAGUUAUGGAGGAACGAUUGGAGCAUAAUGUGCUAUGAUUGUAGAUCUUGCAAGUUUGGAUUCAUUAGAUCUCUAAGAAGGAAAUGGUGGCAGCUUGGUGUCUUUUUGGUUGUCAUCUCUAUUCUUCUUCUUAUCUCUCACCUCUUGAUCUUCUUGGCCACCUUUUGGGAAAGAUUCAAGGGUCAAUAAUCAUCAUGGAGGUGGAGAUUUCUAUGUGGUAAAAUAAUUCAUUUGUUCUGUAUUCAUUUUAGUACUCAAGCAGGUGUUCCUUCAAGCAGAUCUUUAGCUCUUCAUCCUUUCUCUCUGUCUCUUUGUUUGGUUUAGUGUAAAGAACGUGUUUAAAAUAAAGUACAAACAAUUGGUUUGAUUCAGAACUCAAAAAGAAGUUCUUGAGUCCAUUGCUGAAUCUUUGAAGCACGGGACUUGAAGGUUAGAACUUAAAAGCGUCAUUGGUCGUAUAUAACACGGAUGAGAAGGUCUAAUAUUUUGCAUGUGCAUGUGAAUGCAGCAAAUGUGGUAAACCAUGUUAAAUUUCUGUGUUGUUUUGCAUUUAUUCAUAUGUUUCCGCACAAUUUUCUCCCAUUCUUUGUACUUCUUCCGUUUUUAAUAGAUGACAUUUUAGUAUAAAUUUUUUAUUCUAAAUUAGAUAACAUUUUAGUUUUUCAAUGUAAAAUUUAUAAACUUUUUAUAUUAUAUGACUAUUGUAAUUUGCAGUCUAAUUUAUUAUUAGUUAAAUUAUAUUUAGAAAAAUAAUUAAUGAUGUUUUUGCUUAGAAAAUAUAAAAAAAUUAAAUAUUUUGUUAACAUAUAAUAUAUGUGCUUAAUUUUAAAACGACAUCUAAUAAAAGGGAAAUGGAGCAAGAAACGAAAUAAAAUGUAACAAAGGAGAGCCACAAUAAAGAUACUUUGUUCUUUUAUUGUCCUAAACUACCAACAGAGGAGUGAUCAAGCUGGAUUAUUUAAGCUUCUUGGAAAUUAGGUGCACAUAUAAAUACUAUUAGGGAGAUAGAAAAAGUGGAAUACAUCUUUAAUAAAAAGGACUGCUUUAAUAAAAAGGUGAAAUUCUACAUUUUGUUUCCCUGCUUGCAUCCUUCAUCUGUACAAAGAAUAGCCAAUCUUGGGGGGAGUCAUAGACAA